CAGAAAAGGACCAGGUGCUUGGGCACAAAGUCUAAAGCACCAGCAGCAGGGCUAGAUAGAGAAAGCAACAUGGCUGCUAUCCUGGGGUUGACAGCCUCUGUAUAGUCAGAACCGGCCCACUGCACCUUUCAAAGAGCCCGGUCAGCUCCAGGAUGACAGAUGUGUCUGGCCCCUCCAUCCAGCCCUGCUUCCGGUGGUUUAGAUGGGGUCUGCCAGGCUCUGCUAGGGGCCAGUACCUAGGAGGCCAAGAGGACAGCUGAGGGGACGAAGGGGCCUAAGGACUUCAUUGUCAGAUAUGUGCCCCAACCAGGAGCAGGGCAUGCACCCUGGAGAGGGGGCCACCCAAGCCCCAGUUAGUACUGCUGUGCCUCAGAAGCUGCUGGAAGAAAUGCUUUGGUUUUUUCGGGUAGAAGAUGCAUCUCCUUGGAACAUUUCCAUCUUGGUCCUGGUGGGUGUGGUGGUCGUGAUAAGCAUUGUCCUCCUGGGAAGGAACAUCAAGACCAGGAGAAACCUAAAGAAGCUGCCACCGGCAAAACAAACUCCAGAGGUGUUGGCUGAGAUUAGCACCAACGACGAUGACAACAGUGUGAACAUCGUAAGAGAGACUCUGCUCUCAGAAAAGCAGGAUUUGGCCCAAGAGGAAAUUGAGUUACAAAGUUAAAAGAGAGAGAGAGAGAGAGAGAGAGAGAGAGAGAGAAGGAAGAAAGAGGGGUGUGCACAUCUUCGUUCCAGACCCACAACAACCCGAGAAUGAGUGGCAGUGCAGAGCAGUGCCCCGUGUUGUCUGCAGAUAAAGUGAAGGAACAGCCAUCGAACCAAGAUUCUGUUAUGAAAAAAUCCACACAAACCCUUUUUAUUAAAAUGCUUCUGGAUA